AUUGUUCCAUUAGAUUAUUUAAUCUUAUACGUGUCUGAGGGAUUAAAGAUUGGAUUAAGAUUAUGUGUGACGAAUACAAACAAUAAACAAUUACUGGACAGAAGGAAAGGUCAGUGAUUUAACUAUAAACUAAUUCAUAUAUAUUUACUGAAUUUGUUCAUUCGAAGAUAUUUGGAAUUAUUUCUUUCAGUUUGUGAAAAAAUCAUCAUGUGUUGGAGUGAAAAAGUGAGCAAGAUUCUAUUGAUUGUGCUGAACAUCCUGUUUAUGCUUCUUGGCUUGGGAAUUUUGAUCCCUGGCUUACUGAUGAUAUUAAAUGUUGACAUCAUCAACGACAAAAUCUUACCAUUGAUGCAACAGGUAUCCAUUGGUACAUCUAACCUUGGUGACCUAGCUCAAGGUCUUUCGAUAACCUUGAUCGUGCUUGGAGGAUUUGUUCUGAUCGUAGCAACGUUUGGAGCUUGUGGAGCGUGCUGUCAGAAUAAAGUCUGUCUGAUUGUAUACGCUAUUGCAGUGGGGAUUUUGUUUGUUGGUAAACUUGUCAUUGUCAUUCUGUGGUUUGUUAUGAAUGACACGAUUGUGAAUUCACUAAAGUCUGAGUUAAAGUCAGCACUCCUGAACAAGUAUAGUCAUGACGAUCUUACCUCCAGUGAAGUAUCUACUUCUUGGAACUACCUCUUCAUUAAGCUCGAAUGCUGUGGAGUUGAUGCCGUGACAUCAGACACAAAUGAUUUUGACUCAACUUCCUGGCAAACCGGAAGUCCAAACACCGACAUUCCAUUGGGUUGUUGUCCUGGUGUUACCAUAGAGUCCUAUCUGUCGGCGUCUGCGACCAAUGCUGGGUGUCCAUCAAGUUCAGGGUCAGCUCCUGUUGGUCAGUACUCUAAGGGUUGUUAUGAUGCUGUGUAUGAAUUGAUCAGAUCUUAUACAAUAGCUUUUAUAGUGUUUUUGAUUAUUAUCUUACUGGUAGAGAUUACCACAAUAGCUAGCGCCCUUAUAAUAUGUAAACGGGCAAAUAAAGAUCAAAUAGUGUGAUACAUGUUCUUGGGAUCACAGCCGCUAUUUCAUUAUGUAAAAAGGCAGGUGGAAAGAGUGUAUGAGGUGCUGCGAGAGCAUGAACAAAUGUCAAACAUCCAGACAUUCAUGCGAAAGAAAUACUCAUGUUUUAGUUCUUGAAUAUAAUAUUUCCUAAACAUAAUACCACAAUUGUAAUUUAUAUUAUUACAUUGCCAUCCAUACUUGCAUGCGAUAUAAGUACCCGUGUUUAAUUCUUGAAUAAAUUAUUUCCUCAAAGAAA